CUGGGCUCGGCCGCCUGUCGCUCAUCUUGCCAGUCCGUCAGUCAGGCGAAGACGCGGAGGGGUUCCGGCGGCCUUUGUGCUCCCGGGGCCAUGGCCGCCGCCGCCGCCUCCUCCUCCUCCUCCUUCUCGCCGGGGAAUGUGCUGGGGCUGCCGGAGGGCGAGGCUGCUGCUGCCGCAGAGGAAAACUUGCGGAUAGUGAGGCUGAAGGUGAUAGCUGGAAUUGGCCUGGCCAAGAAGGACCUCCUAGGAACAAGUGAUCCCUAUGUGAAAGUGACAGUAUAUGAUUCAACAAAUGGAAUCCUUACCAGUGUUCAAACAAAAACUGUUAAAAAGACGUUGAAUCCAAAGUGGAAUGAAGAGUUUUAUUUUAGAGUCAAUCCUCAGAAGCACAGAUUCCUCUUUGAAGUGUUCGAUGAAAACCGUUUGACCAGAGAUGACUUUCUUGGCCAAGUAGAUGUCCCUCUCUGUCAACUGCCGACAGAGAAUCCAACUACUGAGAGACCAUAUACAUUUAAGGAUUUUCUUCUUCAUCCGAGGAGCCAUAAAUCCAGAGUGAAGGGGCAUCUCAGGUUAAAAAUGACCUACAUACCUAAAAACAAUGAAUCUGAGGAAGAUGGCACAGAACAGGCAGAAGAGCUAGAGCCUGGCUGGAUUUUAUUGGACCAACCUGAUGCUUCUUGCCAGUUGCGGGAGCCAGAGUCUUCUCUACCUGCAGGCUGGGAAGAGAGGCAGGAUGUCCUUGGCAGGACCUACUUUGUCAACCAUGAAUCGAGAAGGACACAGUGGAAAAGACCAACCGCUCAGGACAACGGACCCGACGCAGAGACUGGCAACAUUCAGCUGGAAGUGCAACAUGCUUUUGCUCGCCGGCAUCAAAUAUCCGAGGAGGCGGAGAAUCUGGACCACAGAGAAUCUCCUGAGAGUUGGGAGAUCAUCACAGAAGAUGAAGCAACUAUGUACAGCAACCAGACUCCCCAAGUCACUGUGCAACACAAUUCUGAGGCAGAGAACAGCCUUACAGAAGAACUGAGCACAGAGCUUACCACCUCUGGGAGUUCCACUGCUGCCCAAGCAGCUUCCUGCACUAGUGAUUUAAGCAGAAGUAGUAACCCUCAGACGUACCAAGCUGAAGAACAACCAGCUCUUCCUGUUUUACUGCCUACUUCAUCUGGACUGCCUCCAGGCUGGGAAGUAAGGAAAGAUGACAAAGGAAGGCCGUAUUAUAUAGACCACAAUUCCCAGACUACCACCUGGAAGAAGCCAGCUGUACAGCAGAUCGGGGUGGAUGUGGGUCAGCAGGCCACAGCUCCGCAUUCUUCCACCAGACAACCGUUGGCAUCAGAUGACUCACCGCAGCAGCCUUCGUUCCAGAAACCCCCAGAAGCUGAUCUAGGACUUCUUCCGAAAGGCUGGGAAGUUCGUAACGCUCCAAAUGGGAGGCCUUUCUUUAUUGACCACAAUACCAAAACCACAACGUGGGAUGACCCCAGAUUGAGAAUUCCUGCUCAAGUGAGAAGAAGGACCUCUUUGGACCCUGCAGACCUUAGCCCUUUACCGCCUGGCUGGGAAGAACGAAUACAUACAGAUGGAAGAACAUUCUACAUAAACCACAAUACCAAGAAAACUCAGUGGGAAGACCCUCGCUUGCAGAAUGUCGCAAUAGCUGGACCAGCUGUGCCUUAUUCCAGAGACUAUAAAAGAAAGUAUGAAUUCUUCAGAAAGAAGUUAAAAAAGCAAGGUGAUAUUCCAAGUAAGUUUGAAAUGAAACUUCACCGUGCCACAAUCUUCGAAGACUCCUACAGAAGAAUUAGUGCUGUAAAGAAGCCGGAGUAUCUCAAAGCGAGGCUAUGGAUUGAAUUUGACGGUGAAAAGGGUUUGGACUAUGGAGGGGUCGCCAGGGAGUGGUUCUUCUUCAUCUCCAAGGAAAUGUUUAACCCAUACUACGGAUUGUUUGAAUAUUCUGCCACGGAUAACUAUACUCUCCAGAUCAAUCCAAACUCCGGCAUGUGCAAUGAAGACCACCUUUCAUACUUCAAGUUCAUCGGCCGUGUGGCAGGGAUGGCCGUCUACCAUGGGAAGCUCUUAGAUGGUUUCUUUAUUCGCCCUUUUUACAAAAUGAUGCUUCAAAAGCCAAUAAUUCUUCAUGAUAUGGAAUCUGUGGACAGUGAAUACUACAGUUCUCUGAGGUGGAUUCUUGAAAACGAUCCCAAGGAACUGGACCUCCGGUUCACAGUUGAUGAAGAACUUUUUGGGCAGACUCAUCAACAUGAAUUGAAACCUGGAGGGUCAGAUGUGGUGGUCACAAAUAAGAACAAGCAAGAGUAUAUUUAUCUUGUAAUACAGUGGAGAUUUGUGAACAGGAUCAGGAAACAAAUGGCUGCCUUCAAAGAGGGUUUUUUCGAACUAAUACCACAAGAUCUCAUCACAAUCUUUGAUGAAAAUGAGUUGGAGUUACUGAUGUGUGGCCUGGGAGAUGUAGAUGUGAAUGACUGGAGGGAACACACAAAGUACAAAAACGGCUACAGUGCAAAUCACAUAGUUAUUCAAUGGUUUUGGAAGGCUGUGCUGCUGAUGGACUCUGAAAAAAGAAUCCGACUCCUUCAAUUUGUGACAGGCACAUCCCGCGUACCUAUGAAUGGAUUUGCUGAACUAUACGGUUCAAAUGGACCACAGUUGUUCACCAUUGAGUACUGGGGCAGCCCUGACAAACUGCCGAGAGCUCAUACUUGUUUUAACCGCUUGGAUUUGCCUCCAUAUGAAUCUUUUGAAGACUUGUGGGACAAGCUUCACUUUGCAAUUGAAAAUGCUCAGGGGUUUGAUGGCGUUGACUGAGCCCCAGGAGAGGAGGGUGACAAUGCUGUACUUCUUUUCUGUGCUGCAAUUUGAGAGUUUACAAGCAAAACAAAUAUUCCAGGGACUCUGUUGCUGCAUUUGAAUGGCAACUUUAUGGUAUCCUCUUUUUUUUUUUUUAAAAAAAGUGUUAAUUUCAGUUACAGCUAAUUGUAUUUUGCAUUUCAAACUCUUGCCUGUUGGAUUAGCGGGUGCGCAUGAACACUGGUGAGGCUGGCAUGAAUGAGCCUUGCAUUACCUCUUACAAGAAUUUGCCGCCUUGGCAAUCUUAACUACUGAAAGCGUAAGCUGUGAAAAGCCGAGUGUGUCUGUCUGUCUUCCGUCCAUCCGUCGGUCCACGUGUGUGCAUUCUCUCUCCAGAGGUGGCCGGACAGCCCACGGAUUCUGCUCUUGGGUUGCGAAGCACUUCUUCAGACUUUCCAAAGCACCUUAACUAUAUCUUUGGGUAACCUUAAAAUCUUUCCACCUGUGCUCUGGCUGCACUUGUGCACAUUGCUGCAGGCGCUGAGCUGGUAGGGCUUGUGCUGGAUGGCAGCUUCCCUGUCCAGCUGUGCUUGCUCUGAGCAGCAAGAAGCAGUGCAGGGAGACUGGCAGCAGCUGCUUCCCUGGGCAUUGCACAGGAGGAAACGUCUUCCCAGUCGAUUAUGCCCAGUUGUUUCCUUUUUUAGUAUUCCCAAUUCUAUUUCUAAACUUUUUAACUUUUGAGAUUAAAAAGUAGCAUGGACUUAAAUGAGAUUAUUUUAAAACCGGUUUGGAUUUAUAUGCUAGUGUAUUUUUGGUAAAUCAUAUUUUGAUAAAUUGUCUAACAAAUAAUAUUUUCAGCUUUGCUUUUUUGAACUCAAGACAGACUUUUUUUUGUUUUUGAAUACUACAGUGUUAAGUCAUAGGAAAAUGCCUUUUCAUAUUCAUUCUUGCAGUAUUGCACCACAAAAAAUAAAUAAAUAUGCAGACAUGUUUACAGGGUUUUGCGGGCCAAAUUCAGCAAUCUGAUCUGUGCAAACGUGAGUGACGCUUCUCAGAAUAACCACCCAGGGCAGAAUUUGGCCCUGAAAUUAGUUUAGAUGUUACAGGACUCCGCUUCCAUCCCUAUUCCAACUGCAUUUUUAUAUUUUGUCAACGUUUAGUCUAGAAACCAAAUAAAAAUACAGUAUAACCAAAGUUAUAGUAUAUAAUGUGCAAUUCAGCAUGAAACAUUUUGUACAUUUGUUCAAUAAGAAAUAAGGAUAUUUUAGUAUGAGCGUCAGGGCUGGUAUUUUGGUCAAUGCUGGUUUAAAAUCAUGUUUUGAGAAGUGGAAGUUUACAAAACAGUCUUUGGUUUGGGUUGACUCUUGAAGUCUUUUGUUAUGCACGUAUCUGGAGCAGUUCCCCAAGUGCCACAACCCUGACCCAGUUGGAAGGGGCUCAUGCCUGACCUGUUGGAGAGGUCAAUGGGCUGCCGCAACACUUGGUGAACUGCACCAAAGACCUGGAGAAAAGGCAGGUCCACCCCUGUGGCCAGUUGCCAUCUCACAUGCACAUUGUCGAAGACCUGCAACUCGCCCUAACAAAUGGGCCUUAAGGGGUCUUUCAAAUCCUUUUUGGACGGGGUCUAAUGCAUUCAAGAGUAUUACAAGUAAAUAAAAAUGACUAUUCAAUCUACAUACUUUUUUGGGGGGUUGUGUGUGUAAAAUUUGGAAUAAUCUGUCUGUAUAAAUUUGAAUGUAACAGAGUACUUUAGUCUAACAAAUGAACAGCCUGAAGAGAACCUGAAACGGUAAAUAAAAUCUAUUCUGAUAA